UUUCAGCAUAUUGUCCACGAGGGUCUAUCCUCGAUCGUUUUAAGCAUGGGUGCAUACAGAUACGUGCAAGAGCUGUAUCGCAAGAAGCAGAGCGAUGUUAUGCGCUACCUGCUGCGUAUUCGCGUGUGGCAGUACCGUCAAAUGACUCGGUUCCACCGUGCUCCGCGUCCGUCGCGCCCGGAUAAGGCCCGCCGUCUUGGAUACAAAGCCAAGCAGGGCUUCUCCAUCUUCCGCAUCCGCGUGCGCCGCGGUGGUCGCAAACGUCCGGUUCCCAAGGGUUGCACGUACGGUAAGCCCAAGAGCCACGGUGUCAACCAGCUCAAGCCGUACCGUUGUCUGCAAUCCGUGGCCGAGGAGCGUGUGGGUCGUCGUCUUGGAGGUCUCCGCGUACUGAACUCGUACUGGGUGGCCCAGGAUGCCUCGCACAAAUACUUCGAGGUCAUUAUGGUCGACCCGGCUCACAAUGCAAUUCGUCGUGAUGCAAACGUGAACUGGAUUUGCAAUGCCGUGCACAAGCACCGUGAGCUUCGUGGUCUUACAUCCGCUGGAAAGAGUUCUCGUGGUUUGGGCAAGGGAUACCGCUACUCCCAGACUAUCGGUGGAUCCCGUCGUGCCUGCUGGCGUCGCCGUAACCGUCUGCACAUGCGACGAUACCGUUAAAAAGUAUCAUCACUUGCUGUGGUGUCAUGUAUGGUGGCCUUUUCUAAGGCAAUUUAAAACUUGGAUCCAUACAAUAAAAAAACUUCUAUG